UUUACGAAGAGUCAUCCUCUUGCACCGGCCUUCCCCAACCUAUAAAUAUGGAUAUUCCCUUUGUUUCCCAUGCUGUUCCUUGUUGCCCCGACUAUAAUAUGACCUGAUCCUUUUUCUGCUUACCAUUUCUAUCUGCUUUCAUAUCUAAGAUCUUGAUAGAUUAUCUCUUUGUCAUCUUUACUUCAAGAGGAUAAAAGUAGAAGUACACACCGUUACCGAUACCCUUUAAUCAUAUUCUCUUUGCCUGAGACUACUAAUUUUUCUGUAUGAUCGGCGUUUUAACAAAGUUCUUGAUCUUUUUGUAUAGACGUUCUAGCUUUAGCGCAUUAGAAAAGUCUUAAAAUAUGACUAUGUCUCCCUCGUCUUCUCCUUCCUCAAACAAGAUGAGGGGCACGAGUGUUUUGGUGACACUGCAUGCUGUGGAAAGACGAAUCAGCGAUCGUCGCAUAGACGAAGAUCGAGAAUACGUUGGUAGGAUAAACAACCACGACUUGCGUCCAAAUGAUUCGAUCGCCAUCAAGCAAGUUACUCUGGGUAGUGUCUUUCGGAUGGCUUUUUUUGAAGAUACGGACAAACAAGAUAGGGCUAGAAGCGGUGCCCUCAGCAGUCCUUGUGGCAGUGGCGAGAAGACUAUAUUAGAAGACGAUGAUGUGCACUAUGGCGACGACAACGUCAGCAUUUCGGCAUCUGAAACAGGGUCGCUUUCUGCUUCCUGUUUCCCAUCCAAAUCCCUCAAGCAAGUGCAAGCUCCUGAGUCGAGUCAUCCUCGCGCGCCUGUUGCCCAUCUGCGCCUCUCGAUGCGUGAAUUGGCUAAAACGCGCGGCAUAGACAAAGAGUGGCAUCUUGCCGCAACUACAGCAACAAGUUGUAAGACUUCUUCUCCUAAGAACAUACCGCUCAACAUCAGGCCUGCAAGUAGCCGUGCAACGUAUUGGAUUUGCCUAUCUGUGAAGCCCUGUAGUAGUACAACUUCUUCUAAGACUGCGAUGACGCGGCAAGCGGUGAAUGACGUGAGCAAGAAGAUAUCUUCUCGAGGAUCUACGCCUAUUUCUUCUCCACAAAAGGGAAAGUCUACUUCUCCGAUGUUGAGAAGACCUGUCGUCGAAGUCGACCAAGCUGCAGUAGAGGUUGUACACCCUGCUAUUCAAAAUGUGAAACAAUUUCCUCGACGUCUCCGUCAAGACCCACAAGUUAUUUCACCUAGUUGUAGGAAAGGCAUUUCUCCUCGCAGGGUACUGAAACUGUCCUCCUCUUUGGCUACGCCUCAGUCGUCCUCGACUUUGCAGUUCGCUAAAAACCGCGGAUCACAACCUUAUGGUUCGCGUCCACAGGGCUUUCUUUUUUCGCCAGCUACAAGUGGCGCUGGUAAACUGGUUCUUGGUGGACGGGGACACGACCAGAAGAAGCGACGAAGCUUGACGGAAAUAACAUAUAGUGGUAGUACUAGAGGUUGGACAACUAGCAGUGGCACAAAUAGUUCUUCGAAUAGUGCGAAUAUGAGAGUAAAGUUAAGGCUUGAAAGUUGACAUCUCUAUGCGCAUCUCUAUGGCUUCUCCCAGUAGGAAAGCCAUAGAUAUGCGAGCUAGAGACGCCAACUUUCAGCCUCUAAUAAAGAAUGUCAUCGCUUCGCCAGCAGAGAUAGUGGGAGGAGACAAAAGUCCUGAGGAGAAUUCGCUAGCCCUCGUUCCUAUAGUUGCUCCGGUGGUUCCUUCAAAACAGCUCUGGUUCGGAAGGGAUAGCACUAAGACGACAGAUCUAGCUCAUCUCCGACUCUUCAACGUAUGCGGCUUUGUGAGGCCUCUAGACGACGCCUGGAGUGUGGAAAUGUCUAGCCUGCGGAUCCGGUCCGCCGUUGCUGCUCUAGACUCGCUUCUCCAGGAAAAAAGAUCGUGGAUCGAAAAUGAGGAUCUGCAGUGGGUAAAUAAGGAGGAAGAAGCUCUAGCUGUAGAUAUACAAGGUAAAAAUUGGGGGAUGCAAGUACAAAAUCCUCAACAAACUUCUAGUACUAGGAGACAAGAACUUGAUCUUCAUGAAGUCGAGUUUGAACAACUAGGUUCUCCAACAAGCCUGCAUCUGCCAGAUACCAUCGUCAAGGCCCUAGAAGACUAUAUGAACGAUCUAAAGAUGGUGAACCUGAAAUUACCCAACUUGAAGACGCCAUUUCCAAUGGGCUCGGAAGCUGGCUUAGUUGCGGGUUGCCGAGAAGAUCUCCAAAAUAAUGCUCUUUCUUGUCAUGCGGAAGCAACGACGUUAGUCUUUUAUAACGAAGAAGAGCGAUCAGCUGAAGCCGGUGUUGAUGAAGCUGGCAACGCCGACCCACUGGUCGCAACUGACGAGCUUCUUGUUGCCACAGUCGAGAGGUAUCCUACGCUUACGCAGUUUGCAGAUGACCAAAUCGCCUUUGGCCGUGAUCCGUGCUUUUCCUCCUCGUCCGCCUCCAGUAGUGCAGACGAAGGGGCGGAUGAAAUAGUCGAGCAGGUGAGAGGACGCGUACUGACUGCCCACAAUGCCGUAGAUCAUGAAGCAGGGCAAGUAGAAGAGGAUGACAAGCAUAAGGUCGCCAAACAGGAAGAAGAAGAAGAAGAUGAUGGGCUCACUGAAGCUCCAUGGAGGACGUGGUCAGCAUUUUUAGGGCCUUUUGCCGAGAUGAUAUUAGGGCAAGAAGGGCCCCAGAGCCUCCAAAGCAAAAGUGCUACCAUCCAAUUCUAUCAAGAUGGACCGGCGACCGCGGGUUCCCGGUCAUCACCUCAGUCGCACAUCCACAAGCCCUCGUCGAGUGCUGAGAAGCCAAAGUCGAACGUGGAGGCCCUAGGGACGCAUCAUCACGAUCACCAUUCGCAUGCAGAGAAGGCAGGCACCGCACAUCAUUAUAGCCGCUCGCAGGGAGAGAAGAUGGAGGCGCAUCAGCAUAGCCACGCGCAUGCUCUAGGGAAGACGGAGGCGCAUCAGCAUAGCCACCCGCAUGCGGUAGGGAAGACGGAGGCGCACCAGCAUAGCCACGCGCCCAACGUAGAUGCUACAGCGCAGCGGCACAGCCAUUCACAUACAGAAAAAUCCAGCCCACAGCAUAGUCACUCGCAUGAACAAGACAAGACGGCCACGCACGCUUCGCAUCACGAGGCGCCGGCAGAGAAGGGGCACAGCGGUUCACACCAUGAGGACGCCGCGCAACAUUCGCAUCAUGAGACGCCCGCAGCGCAGGGGCACAGUCACUCACACAACGAGGCCGGGCAGCAUUCGCAUUGCGAGGCGCCCGCAGCACAGGGGCAUAGCGGUUCACACACCGGGCCCGCCGCGCACCAUUCGCACCAGGAGGCGCCCGCAGCACAGGGGCAUGGCAGUUCGCAUACCAGGGCCGCGCACCGUUCGCACCAGGAGUCGGCCGCACCAGCGCACUUGCAUGGCGGGUCACGCCAUGAGGCUGCUGCGCAUCAGCCUGGUGUGCCACACCAAGAGAAGGCAGAGGCGCAUCGGCAUAGCCACUCGCACAGCGAGCACGCCGCAGCCCAUCACCAUAGCCAAUCACAUGAAGAGAAGGCCGACGCGCAUCGGCAUGGCCACGCGCAUCACGAGCACGCUGCAAAGCAUCAGCACAGUCACCCACAUGUAGAGAAACCCGAGUCGCACCGGCAUAACCACUCACACGGCGAGCACGCUGAGGCACAUCAGCACAGUCACCCGCACCAUGAAGAACACGCUGCCACCCAUCACCACAGUCACUCACAGCAUGGGGACGGCCGCGCGCACCACGAGCAUCACCACAGCCACCCGAAGCAGGGGGACGCCCGCUCGCACCAUGAACACCACCACAGUCAGUCGCAGCAUGGGGACGCCCACUCGCACCAUGAACAUCACCACAGUCAGUCGCAGCAUGGGGACGCCCACUCGCACCAUGAACAUCACCACAGUCAGUCGCAGCAUGGGGACGGCCACGCGCACCAUGAACAUCACCACAGUCAGUCGCAGCAUGGGGACGGCCACGCGCACCAUGAGCAUCACCACAGCCACCCGAAGCAUGGGGAUGGGGACGCCCACUCGCACCAUGAACAUCACCACAGGCAGUCGCAGCAUGGGGACGACCACGCGCACCAUGAGCAUCAUCAUGCACACCGGGCUUCUUCUUCAUCAACCUCUGCAGGAGAGAUACUGUUCGGCGAAGAUCCUAUGAAUAUCCAGCGCCGUAUGGAAUCCUUAGGUUGUGGCACGGUGGCUUCUCAGCUAUCCAGGGUGCACGGAGACUUAGGGGACCUGCUAGAAAAAUUGGCAGUUCGUCAUAA